GGUGAACUAGGGCAUUUAGGGCAGAAAUUAUCCAUGAACAUCCACAGAUUACUACGGAGCAGCCAAAAAUUUAUAACUUCAUUCAGAUUCCUGUUCCGGCGUCUAGGCCACGCCUACGAAGUAUAUCCUCUUCUGUUCCUUGCUGGAUUCUGGUUUACGAUUUUCUGUGCUACGGCGUAUUACAGCUUUACAAAAAUUGAAAUCUGGUUUGAUAGGAGCAAGUCAAUGGCACCAUGGGAUUGGGAACGUUCACGAGACAGCUACUGGAAAAAGGGCACCGUUGCCUUUGAUCUGGAAGGCAAGACUCGCCAACGGUGUGAGCUAAUGGAAAUCCUCCAAGAUGAAAUGUUGGAGGCCGCAAAGAAGAGAGGAACACGAUAA